GUGUUUUGGUGAGCGCCGCGUUGCAUUGUGGGAGCCGCUGAUUGGCGCAUUUCCGCUGCCAUUGUGCGCGAGAGACGGUAAAUAACACUGAAGCUCAAGUAAAAACACUCAGAAAAACACCUUCAGCGCAGGUGAGUGUGUGUCAACAUGGCCCGUACUAAGCAAACCGCCCGUAAAUCGACUGGAGGAAAAGCUCCUCGUAAGCAGCUGGCAACUAAAGCGGCCCGUAAGAGUGCGCCCUCUACUGGAGGAGUCAAGAAGCCCCAUCGCUACAGGCCUGGGACCGUGGCUCUGCGUGAGAUCCGCCGUUAUCAGAAGUCCACUGAGCUGCUGAUCCGCAAGCUUCCCUUCCAGCGUCUGGUUCGAGAGAUCGCACAGGACUUCAAGACUGACCUGCGCUUCCAGAGUGCCGCCAUCGGAGCCCUGCAGGAGGCCAGCGAGGCGUAUCUGGUGGGUCUGUUCGAGGACACUAACCUGUGCGCCAUCCAUGCCAAGCGUGUGACCAUCAUGCCCAAAGACAUCCAGCUGGCGCGCCGCAUCCGCGGAGAACGAGCCUGAGUCUCUUUUUCUUUCUAUUUUCUCUCUAUCUCUCUCUUUCUGUAGUUUAGUGUGGUCGUUUCUCUGUUUUUGGCAGCAGACUAUUAAGGUACUUCCUGUUUGCAUGUACCAGCCUGUGACCGAUCGACCUCAAACACACACACACACACACACUCUCACUCACAAACACACACAAACGUAGCUCACGCAAUCCUAUUUUCUUUCUCUCUCUGACACACACACUCACACAUGCUUUCUAUCUCUAUCACACACACACACACACAGGCAUACACGCACAAAAUCUAAUCAACACACACAUGCACAACUAAUAAAAACACAUGCACACAACACUAACACAUAAGACACACUCACACAUGCUCUCUCACACACACACACACACACAUACUAUUUUUACUAUUCCUGUAUCUAUAAUGAUUGAAAAAUAAUGAUAAAAAGGUAAAAAAAAAUAGCAAAGGUUAUUUUUUGCCAUUCUGAAUGGACAUCUUUACCGUUUUUCAAAACAAAAUGAGAGUUUACGUCUCAUUAAUUAAGUUUAAAUCCUAAUUCUGAAUGUAUAUCAUGCAUUUUUGACCUUUUUCCUGCAGAAUACAAAGACAAAAGGAUGAUAAAUCUCUCAAUUAAGACAUCAUAGCUCAAAUUUUCCCUCAAAUUGUUGCUUUUCAGAAUUGCAAAUAAAAAGUCUGAAUCAUGAUGGAGGAUAUUUUCAUAUUUCUCCACAAUUUUAUUCUCUGAUAGACGUUGCGACUCGUAUUUGUAAGAUUCAGACUCUUAAUCAUGGCAGAAAUAAACAACCAUGACUGAGGCAUAAGAAAAAUAAACACUAAUGUGUUAACAUAAGAAUAAUGUCACGUUUGCGCAUAAUUAAUACACCUGACAACUAUACAAGAUUGCAUACAAAUCUAACGUCUAUAUGACUACUCGAAUAAACAUUAACAAUAAGCAUAAUGUCAUGCAAGCCCAGCAGAUAGAGUACACACUGAUUUAAUAAAACAGUCUGGGCUGAAAUCUGCAUUUAGGGCUUCACAGGCCUCAUGCAGGGUGCUAGAUCAGCCCUGACCCCUCCUAUAAUCCCCUGCACCUCCAUCUGUCUCUGUGUGUGUGUGUGUGUGUGUGUUUGCAGUCCAUCAGCACAGGGAUUUGUACACAAGUCCGAGCAUCUCUCCAACAAAUGUUUGUUAUUGCAAUAUCCAGAAUAACUAGUGAGGUCUGUUUGUGUUCUUAAUCAUUCAUAUUAAGCAGGUUUCAUAGAUCUAGAGCAUAUUUUUGAAGAGGCGGAGACAUUUCUACACCACGGAUCCUGUUUAUUUCCUGAUUUGAUGGGAAUCUGUAAAUUGGGCUCGAUGCUGUUUUUGGGUUUUGCCACGUGAUUAAUUGUCUCUCGGAGCAGAAGUUUGGUCCCCUCAUGAUUCCUCAGGCACUCAUUGGAAACGUUCUUCUUUAAUCCUGCUCCGUUUGCUUGUGUUGUUCCGGAUUUCAGAGUUUGACUACAGAACAUUCAGGUGUUUCAAUAAACUGAUCUUUGUAAUUUGAAAUUUCUCUUAAUUGCGUAAUAAAUGGAUGUCACACUCU